GCCGCCGCUCCGCCGAGCUUCCCGGAUCCGAGCCCAGACGGCGGCGGCUCGGGCAGCCUGGGCGCCGCGACCCUCGGCGGCCACAGGGGGCCGGGGAGGAGGAGGAGGAGGAAGAGGCGGAGGCAGCGGCGGCGGCCGCGAGGAGGAGGAGGAGGAGGCUUCGCUCGCUCGCUCCGACGCAGACAUGGUGGACUGAGCCCCGGCGGGGCCGAGAGCAGGGUUUCCGGAGGCGCCCCCCGCGCGUGGCCCCGCCGCGCCCCGCGCCCCGCAGCCCCGCGCCGGCGCCCGCGUCGGGUGCGGCGGCCGGGCCGGCAGUCGCGUUCCCGCCGCGUCCCGCGCCCGGUCCCUAUGGAGGCGCCGCUCGCCGGCGAGGCCGCCGACCAUGCCUAGGAGGGCCGGGAGCGGGCAGCUACCGCUACCCCGGGGCUGGGAGGAGGCCAGGGACUACGACGGCAAGGUCUUCUACAUCGACCACAACACCAGGAGGACCAGCUGGAUCGACCCCCGGGACAGGUUGACGAAGCCCUUGUCGUUUGCUGACUGUGUUGGAGAUGAGCUGCCGUGGGGCUGGGAGGCAGGGUUUGACCCUCAGAUUGGCGUCUACUACAUCGAUCACAUCAACAAAACCACACAGAUUGAAGAUCCAAGAAAACAAUGGAGGGGGGAACAGGAGAAAAUGCUCAAGGACUAUCUCUCCGUGGCCCAGGAUGCCCUCAGGACACAGAAGGAGCUGUACCACGUGAAGGAGCAGAGGCUGGCUUUGGCCCUAGAUGAAUAUGUACGGUUAAAUGAUGCCUAUAAGGAGAAGUCAAGUUCUCGCACAAGCUUAUUCUCAGGAUCUUCAUCCAGUACUAAAUAUGAUCCCGAUAUUUUAAAAGCUGAGAUCUCCACCACACGAUUAAGGGUUAAAAAGCUGAAGAGAGAGCUCUCACAGAUGAAGCAAGAAUUGCUCUAUAAAGAACAAGGCUUUGAAACAUUGCAACAAAUUGAUAAAAAAAUGUCUGGAGGCCAGAGCGGCUAUGAGCUCAGUGAAGCCAAAGCCAUUCUAACUGAGCUGAAAUCUAUCAGAAAGGCCAUCAGCUCCGGAGAGAAAGAGAAACAAGAUCUGAUGCACAGUCUUGCUAAGCUGCAGGAGCGGUUUCAUUUGGAUCAGAGCAUUGGCAGAUCUGAGCCCGACCUGAGAUCCAGUCCUGUGAACUCUCAUUUAUCUCUUUCCAGACAGACCCUUGAUGCCGGGUCACAAACAAGCAUUUCGGGAGAUGUCGGAAUGAGAAGCAGAUCAAAUUUAGCUGAAAAGGUCAGGCUGAGCCUACAGUAUGAAGAAGCCAAAAGAAGUAUGGCCAACUUAAAAAUUGAAUUGUCGAAGUUGGACAGUGAGGCCUGGCCUGGGGCGCUGGAUGUUGAGAAGGAGAAGCUGAUGCUGAUUAAUGAGAAGGAGGAGCUUUUGAAGGAGCUUCAGUUCGUCACUCCACAGAAACGCACUCAGGAUGAACUGGAACACCUGGAAGCCGAGAGGCAGCGGCUGGAGGAGGAGCUGCUGUUGGUGAGGGGUGCGCCCAGCCGGGCUCUGGCCCAGAGAUUGAAAUUGGAAGAGCGAAGAAAAGAGCUGCUACAGAAACUUGAAGAAACUACUAAAUUAACUACGUAUUUGCAUUCACAACUUAAAAGCCUCUCCGCCAGCACCCUGUCCAUGUCCUCUGGGAGCAGCCUGGGUUCCCUGGCCUCCAGUCGAGGGUCUCUGAACACCUCCAGCAGAGGGUCGCUCAAUUCCCUCAGUUCCAAUGAGCUCUAUUACACGAGUCAGGGUGACCAGAUAGAUGCGGAUUAUCAGUAUAAACUGGACUUCCUUCUGCAGGAGAAGGGUGGUUACAUUCCUUCCGGACCCAUCACCACCAUCCAUGAAAACGAAGUGGUCAAGUCUCCUAGCCAGCCUGGCCAGGGUGGUCCCUGUGGGGCGGCAGCUGCAGCGACAGGCCACACCCCCCCACUGACUGAGGCCCCCAAGUCUGUGACGUCCCUGUCCUCAAGGUCAUCCCUUUCCUCCUUGUCCCCUCCUGGCUCUCCCUUGGUUUUGGAAGGCACAUUCCCCAUGUCGUCUCCUGACGCCCCCCUCCAUCAGUUCACUGCUGACUUCGAAGACUGUGAGUUGAGUAGCCAUUUUGCAGACAUUGGCCUUGGUGAGAAUCAGGUAUUGUUGGAUUCUGAUUCAGGCGGAGCUUCCCAGUCUCUCUUGGAAGACAAAGACCUCAGUGAAUGUGCGAGGGAGCCAUUGUAUGAAGGACCCGCAGAUGUGGAAAAAUCGUUACCAAAAAGAAGAGUAAUCCACCUGCUUGGGGAGAAAACCGCUUGUGUGUCGGCUGCUGUGUCUGAUGAGUCUGUGGCUGGAGACAGCGGGGUCUACGAAGCUUUCGUGAAACAGCCUAGUGAGGUCGAAGAUGUUACGUACAGCGAAGAGGACGUUGCCAUUGUGGAGACUGCCCAGGUGCAGAUCGGACUCAGAUAUGAUGCGAAAAGGUCAAGUUUCAUGGUGAUUAUAGCACAACUCCGAAAUCUUCAUGCCUUCUUGAUACCUCAUACUUCAAAAGUCUAUUUUAGGGUUGCUCUACUUCCCUCCUCAACUGAUGUCAGCUGUCUAUUUCGAACAAAAGUCCACCCAGCCACGGAAUCCAUCUUAUUCAACGAUAUGUUCAGAGUGGCCAUUUCCCAAGCUGCCUUGCAGCAGAAGACGCUGCGAGUGGACCUGUGCUCUGUCAGCAGGCACCGGAGGGAGGAGCGCCUGGCUGGAACUCAGAUCAGCCUGGCAGAUUUACCAUUUUCCAAUGAGAUUUUCACUCUGUGGUAUAACUUGCUUCCUUCUAAGCAAAUGCCUUGCAAAAAGAAUGAAGAAGAAAAUGAGGAUUCUGUAUUUCAACCAAGCCAGCCAUUAGUAGAUUCUAUAGACUUGGAUGCAGUGUCAGCCUUACUUGCAAGAACGUCAGCCGAGCUGUUGGCUGUGGAACAAGAAUUAGCGCAAGAAGAAGAACCUGGGCAGGACGAGGAGCAGAGGGGUCCCGAUGGAGAUUGGUUAGCAAUGCUCAGAGAGGCCUCAGAUGAAAUUGGGGCUGAAGAAGAGGCUGAAGUCAAAUUGCCGGAGGGCAGUAGCUGUGCAGAGGACUCGCGUUCAUGCCCGAGUGUACCUGAGAUGAAUGAAGACAUGAGCAGGGACGAGAACAGCUGUGCCAAAGACCUUGGAAGCCAGCCCCCCACGGGAACCCCCACCCUGGUUGAUAAAGAGACGAAUACCGACGAGGCAGGGAAUGCCAGCAUGACAGUGCGCCCCAAGGACCGCGGCGGCCUGAGCGCUCGACAGCGCCCCUUCGUGAGGAGCAGCGUGAUCGUGCGCUCGCAGACCUUCUCCCCCGGAGAGCGCAGCCAGUACAUCUGCAGGUUAAAUCGAAGUGACAGUGACAGUUCAACCCUGGCUAAAAAAUCACUGUUUGUGAGAAACUCUACUGAACGGCGCAGUUUGCGGGUCAAAAGGGCGGUUUGCCAACCAGUCCUUCGGAGAACAGCCCAAGAAUGCCCAGUCCGUACAUCUCUAGACUUAGAACUGGAUCUUCAGGCAUCUCUAACCCGGCAGAGUCGCCUCAAUGAUGAGCUGCAGGCCCUGAGGGGCUUGAGGCAGAAGCUGGAGGAGCUGAAAGCUCAGGGAGAGACUGACCUUCCACCGGGUGUGCUGGAAGAUGAGAGGUUCCAGAAGCUCCUGAAGGAAGCUGAGAAGCAGGCUGAGCAGUCAAAAGAAGAGCAGAAGCACGGUUUGAACACGGAGAAACUGAUGAGGCAAGUCUCCAAGGACGUGUGCCGCCUCCGGGAACAGAGCCGGAAGGUGCCUCGGCAAGUGCAGUCCUUCAGGGAGAAGAUUGCCUACUUCACCAGGGCCAAGAUCAGCAUCCCGUCCCUGCCGGCUGAUGACGUAUGAUUACAUUUACAUUGCUGAAGAAAUUAUUUUUUCACUCGUUCAUUUCUUAGGGAGGGCGAAAGACUGAACAUUUGUUUUGUUUUUAGGGGUUUUGGUGGUUUUUUUUUUUUGUAAUAUACAUGUCAACUCUUAAAGAGCUUUUCUUUUCACAUCAGAUUUUCAACAUGUCAAUUUGUAAAGCACCUUGAAUGUAAUUCUUAUAUGUUUAAAAAAGACAAAAAAAAUCAGAUAACCAAAAUGGGGUAAUCUUGUACGCAAGUGUUGUACAGUAUGUGUGUAUGGCCAGUGGGCUUUAUUUAGUGAAGAUGGACUAGAGGCGGUCCCCAGUGUGUAUCCCAUGGAACCGAGUGUUGAGAGCAAGCUCGAUUUAGCGGGAGGUGGUGCUCGCUUUUCCUGUGUGUUCUCAUGAGCACACUGUGCAGAUGGCAGUGGCGCCCUGUGCUGUUUUGUGCUCGAGAGCAGCUCGUGCAGUGUGAAGUUCAACAUGAAGCAUGAGCUUCAGUACAGAGCUCCCGGCCCACCUGAAACAGGUGCGGCGCUCAUUUCUGUCACCCGUGUGGGAACGCUUUGCUUCCGUCAAACAGUUUCCUUUUUGUCCUUUUCUAUUUGUCUAAAGAAAACAGAAACAAAAUGCUGAGCGCAAGAAUAUAAGAAUGCGAAGGAGCAAUACUCCUGGCCUCACUGAAGUUCUUGUCAUUUAUGACACUGAGGGGAGGGAGAUGCGAGGAGAAAGCCAGUUACCCUGAAAUACACUAAAACACUCAUCAGAUGAGCAGCUGCUGCUUCUAACUCAGCCUGACUUUGCACAAGCGUUCACAUGUGAGUUUCUGGGUGGCACCAAUACCGUUUCGUCCUAGGUGUGAGGAUGGUGCCAACUAGAAGAAUGUGGUGGCUGCCUCUGAGGACAAACUCCUGGAGAUGCAGAGGGAUUUGCAUCAGCACUUAUUUGGUGAAACCAGGAACAAAGGAAAGGCUAUCUUGAUUGAAUCAAAGUUGCCAAAAAUUUAAAAAGAUACUUUAUUAAACAGAUUUCUGACAUUUACUGGAAAUUACUUUGCAGCUCUCAUGUUUGGGGGAUCCCAGCUAUAAUUUAUGGUAAGGAAUUGGGAGGCAAAGAAAGGAGUAUGCCUGGGGAGAUUAUUAAUUUCAAGUAUAGGCUAAGUCAUUGGUUUAAAAAACACCAUUCUAGAUGAACAAGUUUAGAGACAUAAACAGACUCAAGUGUCCUCCAGUAGAAUUUUAGCUUACCCGGCCCAGGCACUUCUUAAAGAAACAGGUCCCAAGUGUAGCUCUGCCAGCAUAAAGGCUUCUAAAAUAAGAAGUACUUAUGCGAUUUAAAUCAUGCUUAUUACUCAGUCUGUUUUACUGAAAGAGGCCGUUUUUGUUUGGCCAUCUUAUAUAGCAAACUAAAUCUUUUUUUUUAGAAAUGCAAAUAUCAUCUUAAAGGAAGUGGCCCCUUAAAAACACACACACACACACACACACACACACACACACACACCCAUGAGUUCUAAGACUAAGCUAGAACCGUCAUUAGCAAGAAUUUUUAUUUUCUUCCAAGUAAUUAUAUUUUGGAAAGUUCCUUUUAUCAGAAUCAAAAUUCAAAUUAAGCAAUUUCUGAGCCUAGAACCUUAAUUAUUUUUUCCUAAGUGUCCCACCACUUAUAUACCAAUGUCUUUGAAGCUGUAACUGGACGUGACACUAUGAACAAACCCAGCCUCAUGAAGUGACUGAGCGCAGUGCUUCAGGACGGCCCAGUUCAUUCUAUCAGAGGACUAAGGCAAACUAGAGGAAGAGUACCAUUCAUCCUGGUCAAGGUCAAAUGUGAAAGAAGUUUAUUUAAUGUAGAGUUAAAUGAAGGUCAGCUGUUUUCAGCUUCUUAGUUUGACCAUGAAAAUGUUUAUAGAAUUAUGUGUAGUUGUACCGUACGAUUUUAUUUUCUUCAUUUAUUUAUUUACGGUCUUAUUUAUGUUCUGUUUAAUAUAUAGUUCGGUUCUGGCCAUUUUAAAUGUUUGACAUAGAAGAGGCUAUAUUGGAAUAUUUACAGCUUUAUAAAUCUUCAUCAGAUUAGCUGUUAACUUUUUGUAAUACAAAAAGUUUCAGACAAGUAUAAAAGAAUAAAAUCUGUCUCAGGCUGGUAGUCAACAGUUGUGACCAAGAUGCUUUUGGUUUUAUUUUAUAAAAUUUGCUCAUUUCUAACAUGAGAGUCAAACAUAUUUUAAUGUAAUCCUUUUCCACACUUUAAAAAUCAGCAAUAGUGUUAUGUAUUUAUAGGCAGCUUUUAACAAUCCUGUCAUAUUUGUACUAACCCAAAUGAUUCACAGUGACAAAACAUUUUAAUAACUUGAUCACAAAACCAUAUGGACAAUACAAAUUUUAAUAUUAUAAAUACUAUUUUUUAAAGGUAGAAUUUAUUCUGCACAGGGUAAAAAGAAUGUAAUAUUUAGUUCUCAAGUUUGAGUUAUCAGUAUGUUAUUACAAUUUUGUAUAUCAGAAUCUAAGUGUUACAGGUACAAAAAGAAUAUUGCUAGCCAAAAGAACAACAUUUAGCUGAAUCUCUGUAGCAUGCAAAUCAAAUAAAUUUAAAAUUUUUUUUUGCUAUUACUUUAUCUAUAUUGUAUUAAAUAUCAAAAGCUCAGGACUGAACUAAAUAUUUAAUCAGGUUAAAUUCUGAAUAUGUUUCUGUUUUAAUUUGUCUUGUUUGUAAAAGUAUGCAAAUACAUCACAUAGAUUAACUUUGGUUUCUGCACUUUUCAUGUGUUUGUGGGUGGAAAAAUAUUCAGUGGGUUUUUUUU